AUGGUUACAAGUGCUUAUGUAUACCACAAAGUCGAGCAACGGGUUGCCGUCAAUCGACUACGGCUCGGGACGAUCAUCACCGGCAUCCAAGGGGUGACCAGGCUCAAUGCCGGGAAAGAGCCCAAGAUUGACGAGGAACGUCUCAAUCACUACUCUCAAACCAAUGCCGAUGUUACAACGGAUGCUGCGCUGAAUGGGGAUGCCGGUGUUGAACUCAGGGUUGCCGCUCUUGGGGGCAUUGGACUUGAAGGUCAAGUCAAUGGCGCCCGCGGCAAUUUUGAAAGGCACAACUUCAGGGCCAUAGAUACUACCGACUUCGAACCCACACAGAAGGACUAUAAUGAUGCCGGCCAAGCUGAAGAAGUACAGACCUUCUUAAAGAAGUCGAACUAUCGCCCCGUCUUCUACAUCACAGGCAUCAAGGUUGGCAGAGUUCAAACUGAAGAAGGCUCUGAGCCAACAUUUGAAGCCACAAGGAUGACGAGUAUGGGGGGAACUCUGGGCUUGGGGGUCAAUAUCCCAACUAUUGCCUCGAUCGGGCCGAGGAUAACGGGAUCCAGGAGCUUAACUAUUACUCAGCAAUACAGAGAGCAUAACGACUACAUCUUUGCAAUCAGAGUUCAGAAACUGCGGUACAAGAAGAGAAUGGGGCUUUUUGGUCCCAGAGAGUGGGUUAACAAGCCAUAUAACGACGGUGCUGAACUCGUUGGCGUGGACAGCAAAGGACAAGAGGAAGAGGAACCGGAGAUUGCUUUUGACGAGAUUGAAGAGCUUGAUCUUGAUGAAAAUGAUUUAAAGGGCUACAAGCAAAUCGCAGAGACUGACAACCGAGGUAAACAAAUUACCUACGUGGUUCCCAACGGGUGGUAG